GCGGCGGAGGAUUGGCUGGCGAGGGAAGCGCGCGCAGGGGCCCGGCGCGCGGCUGCUCCGCGUUCGGGGCGGGCGAGCCGGCGUUCCGCGGGCCGCUCCGGCGAUGGAGGCCGUCGGCGCGCUGCUGGCCGGCUGCCCGGUGGCCGGCGGGCUGGGGGUCACCGUCUGCGCGGCCGCCGGGCUGCUGCUCUACAGGAUCGCGCGGAGGAAGAAGCCCACACACAUGACUGUGAACUGCUGGUUCUGUAACCAGGACACGGUGGUGCCAUACGGGAAUCGCAACUGCUGGGACUGUCCCUACUGUGAACAAUACAAUGGCUUCCAAGAGAACGGAGACUACAACAAGCCCAUUCCUGCCCAGUACAUGGAGCACCUAAACCAUGUCGUGUCAGGUGCCACCACCUUUUGUGAUCCCACCAAGCCACAGCAGUGGGUGAGCAGCCAGAUCUUGCUGUGCAAGAAAUGCAACAACCAUCAGACCAUGAAGAUCAAGCAGCUGGCAUCCUUUGCACCCAGGGAGGAGGGUAAAUACGACGAGGAGAUCGAGGUAUAUAAGCACCACUUGGAGCAGACCUACAAGCUGUGCCGCCCAUGCCAGGCUGCUGUGGAAUAUUACAUUAAGCACCAGAACCGGCAGCUCCGGGCGCUGCUGCUGAGCCACCACUUCAAACGCCGGGAGACCGACAAGCCCUAUAUGCAGAGCUUUUGCUCAUCCUCUUCCUCCAUGAGCACCCCGACUCAGGUGAUAAUUCUGCGGUUCCUGACCUUCCUCAGCUGUGUGUUCCUUGUCCUGAUGGCCUCAUAUGGGUCAGGCGACCCCUUCUCACUCAAAGGCGCGGCCUCUGCUCCUAUGGAAUCUGGCCCCACUGCCAUCAGGAAUGGGACUGGUGCAAGCCCCGCAGCGGCCUCAGAGAAUCGCACUCUCCUGGGAGUUGCAGGCUGGUGGGAGCUGCUCCACCUGCUGCCGGAGCAAACGGUGAAGAACUUGAGUGUCGCUUGGACCUACGGGAGGAACCAUCAGAUUGCAGUCGUCGUCCUCGGGCUGGCCACCUGCCUGUUAGCCAUGCUCCUGGCCGGACGGAUCAGGCUGCGGAGAAUCGAUGCCUUCGCCUCGGUCCUGUGGCUCCUGGUGAUGGGUUUGCACUUGGCUGAAAAGUACCUGAAGGCGGACACACCCAGCUGGCUGGACACGGCCAAAUUCGGCACCACAUCCCUGUGCUGCCUGGUGGGCUUCACCGCAGCAGUGGCCACACGAAAGUCAACGGGCCAACGGAGAUACCGGCCCCGAAGGUUUCUUUCCGGGGAUUCAGUUGCUCUGUUCCCCAAUGGCUCUGGGAUUGGUUUCCCUUGUUCCGCUUCCUCGCCGUCUGUUUUUAUCCCAACGCCCCCAAGCAUCCUCCAGCUGACGAACCAGCAGUUCUUCAGAUCCCCACGCAGGGCUUCCUCUUCCUCGCUCCCUGGACGUCUGAACAGGGCCCUCUCGCUGGGCACCAUCCCUUCCCUAGCCAGGACAGAUUCUGGCUACUUGUUCAGUGGGAGCCGCCCGACGUCCCAGGGAUCUCAGUCCAAAGAGUCGCCUGCAUCAGAGUACUACUCUCUGCUGUCUGGAAGCUGCGCCCCAUCCCCAAUCCCAUCUCCAGCACCUUCGGUGGCUGGGUCCAUCACCUCCAGCUCAGGCUCCUUGCGUUACCGCCGGCCCCUCAUCAGUCCUGCACGCCUGAACCUCAAAGGGCAGAAGCUGCUGCUUUUUCCAUCCCAGAGCGACGCCCUGCACACGUCGGUCAGCUUGGAUGAGCCCACUCACCCUGACAGCAACGUCUUCGCUGCUGAGCUGACCUCGUUCCCGAAAAAGAACCUCAACGAGCGGGGAAUGCAUGAUAUGAGGUCAGUCAUGGAAAGAGGGAGUAUUUGCAGUAAUAAUUCCAUCAAAAAAGAGGAUAAUUCGUCACAUUCAUCCAACUGUGUGGUGGACACGACCACCAAAGGAGAAGACCUAGCAGGCUGGAGAGGUCAUGUUGGUAACUCGGUUAUCCGAGGUCUCCUUGCCAUGAGCCUGACAGCCAAUGCGAUCUUCACAUCAGCCUACCUCUACCAGAGCCUGCGCUGACCUGCAUUGCCCCGGCUCUCUGUGGCACCACCUACUUCCCAAGAGACUCUGACACAAGAACAAUUCAACCACAGCUUUGGUGUCUUAUGGCCGUGCCACAGGUGCAUGCUGCUUAUCAACCACUGCCUGCCAGGCUGCAGUGACGCAGAACCAGACAGCUGCUGCUGCCACCUCCUGAGCAGAACGUAUCGAAGGGCUGUUGUGAUGCUGGAGGUGGCCAGCGGGACUCUUUGCAAUACCCGGCUCAAGGUCAGCUAACGUCCCUUGCACCUUCUUUCUAAAGAAUCAGUCUGUGGCAUGAACUGGAGAAGAUGUAAAUGACCUGGUUGGCUUUGUCUCAUCCCAUCUUUCCCACCUAUUAACCAAUCUCAGAUGGACAGUGGUGAUGGAAUAAGAAGAAAUUGAACAAAUAAGUUGGAGACAAGACAAGUUGGGACCUGGACUUUUAUUAUUGAAAUGGUUUCCCCAGCCUGGUUUCCUCAUUGGCACCUAUUCUCCCUCCCUCUCACUCUCCCUGGUUCGUUCUAUAUGAAUGGUUUUAUGUCCUCCUUAAGGUUUCCAGAACCCAUGGCGGGGACCUAAGCUGCUCUGUGAUUCUCUUGCAUGGUGGAUGGGUAUGUGUGUGUGGGGGGGGGUGUACAUCCAUCCGAUAUGCUGUCUGAGGUCUCUCUAGCCAGUUGCCUUCCUGCAAUUCUGGCUCCUGGUAACAGUUCAUGUCCAUUGCUCAAACCAGUACAGCUGCUGUAGAGCUGGGCACAUCUGCAUCAGAAAAGCAAACUCAUGUUUUUUUGCCUUGCCGGGAGGUGCCGAUACUACUGUCAUAAGAUGUGCCCUGAUGCACUUGCAUCAUGCCUCAGGGGCUCCAGGCUGCAGUUCUGACUGCUGGUAUGUUUGCUGACAUCAGGAGCUGCACAGCUUGUUCUUACUGUAAACCACAUAAACCUACUGUUUUGGAAACUGUGUGAAAAGCACUUCUAACGGGGAGGAGUCUGAUAACAUGCCCAACUCUAGAGGCUUGGCUCCUCGUGGUUGGUUGAGGCCUGUAUCAUUCACUAUUUAAGGUAUUGCCUUCUUGGCUAAACUGCAAGUCUCUCUCAGCUAGAGAUGCACCAGACCAGCUAAGCAUCCAGGAUGUCCUUUAAAAUCCAUGGUGGUAGCCCAAGACUUUCAAAAAUAGUUUCUAAUUUUGAGAGUCUCAAUUUUUUGGGUGUCCAACUUGAAAUGCCUUAAAGGAGCCAGGUAAUUUUUUUUCCAGAGGGUGAGUGUUUAGCAUCCUUGGAAAUCAGGUCCCUUUAAGGUGUCAAGUUGGGCACCCAAAAUCACUAAGCAUGUCUGAAAAUUUUGGCCCUAGUGUCUAAAUUCCUAUAUCCCAACCACGUGGCACAAAGGAGACCUAGCUAACACUAAGGAUGAGGCCUCUGAAGCAUGACAGGACUCUGCCCAGAACUUGCCUGUUGUCCUGGUCUUGAAUCCUCUUACCUCUCCCCAUCUUCUGUUCUGGAACUACUGAAUUGCAUUUGCCAUGUUUCUUCCCCACUGUAUGCCCUGCUACUGUUUACUUUAGCCAUUCCUCCACCUCCUCCACACCCAACCACCAUGGUAGUCUGCUGGCAAUAAGAGACUUCCCCAUUAAUCUGAAAAUCUCACCUCAUCGUGGGGAUCAGGUUCUUUAAGAAACUGCUUUUCCUUGCUGGUGACUCGAGCUGUAGAAAUUCAAGUCUUGCUCCCCCUGUGUGUCUGGCACCUAUUCUUGCAUUCUCUUCGCAACCCUCGUCCAGCCCCUAUUGAUCAGCGAAGCCCUCUCUCUCUCGUUACAUGGAGGAGACUGACUGGCUGCCACAGGCUUUUAUCAAGAGAUUGUGGAAGCAGGAUCUCUGACUCUGCAGCUUUGUCUGGACCCUCCUUUGGUGUUCUGGCCUGGCUGUCUACCAGGCAACUCCUUCACAACGGCCUAGAUUCAGACUAGCAACUGCAUCAGAAAUAGUGGGUCAUGCAGUAUGCUGAUCAGAACUUUGUAACUUGCAUUAAUGGUUUCCCAUGCUGGGCUAGUCCACAACCUCACUGUGAUGAGAUUUGUUUCCCUUUGGUCUUUCUUUGGAUUGUAUUUAGUGUUCAUACAGGCAAAAAACUGGUAGUGCCCCUGCGCUGGUGAGCAUUCCACAAGCUUCUCCAUACCAUUGUGACACUGUAACUCACUCCUGACCCACAACAACACGUGGUAUCCUGGUCAUGGCCGCUUGUCCUGACUUUCGGCAUGCCCACGUGCUCCUAAGCAGAGACUGCAUGCCAUAGACUACGGUGGCCUUGGGUGUCUUAUUAUGAUAGAUGUGCACUGUGACUUUGCUUAUGCCACAAAAUUCGUUUCACUUCUCACCUCCCAGUCUGUGCUGCAUUCACCCACUGCCACAUCUAGCACACGGCCCCACGUCACAUGGCUUUUAUUUGUCCCCACCAAACUCCAGUACUGGAUUUGCCCCUUUCUAGCAUUUCUUCUUUGUUCCCAGCACCCACGGCUCUGUACGCUCCCAGCCCCUCCUUUCUCCCUUUUGCACAUUUCUUGUUUCAGAAACUCCUUAAUUCCAUUUCUGAAUCUGCUGCUGGUUGGGCUCCUGGCCAAGCAUUUAGGUGACCCUGUCUGAAGCGGUUUUAAAGACUUUUUGGAUGUUAUCACUUAAGAGGAACAUCACAAGCCCUUUCAAUCUGGUGCUAGAACAAAGUGGGAGCGGUGCUAUUGCUGAUGCAAAGCCUUCUCUGUUGUUGGUGUGUGUGCAUGUGUGUGUACAUGUGUAUAUAAAUGUUUGAAGUUUCUUCAUUUUGAAAGAUCCGAGCCCAUGUUUGUCACUAUAUUGUCAGCCUUAAUCCAGCUACCGGACACUGUGUCCAUCUUGCUGCUGCUGCUGUUUCUAUAUAAUGCUGGUUUGGAGGAAUCAAAAAUCUGGUUCCCUGGUCAAAAUCUUUGUGCAUGAAUUGCUGGUGGCAUGGGUCUUCGUACAAUAUUGUUCAGGGAUGGAAUUUUAUUUUUCUAAUUGUUUUUGCUGUAGAAGCCUUUUAGGGGUGGGGGCGUGGGGAUGGAUGUAAACUUUCUGUACAUUAAACAAGAUUUGAGCUUUAUUUAAAUAAGGUCAAGGUUGACUUAGAGGUGGGACGUAAAUGAACUCUUACCAAAAGGAACCUCAGCCUUGCUGCUGAAUGAUCUUCCUCUCUCAUCCCCCAUCCUCCCUUAAAGAUGCCCACAUCCUUCCUCUCUGUGCCCAGAUUUAUUAUCCAUAUCCCAAGAUCCUGGAGAGUCUUCCCAUGAUUCUGUCAGUUCUGAAUUAAGAGUAUCUUGGAUUCCUAAUGCUACUUUUCCAGAGCAUGGCUGUAUCAGCGGGUGUGAUGUAUAUUGUUAAGGGAGAGAGUUUGAAGGACAAGUUGUCAUAUCCUAUAAUAGCCCAGACCUAGACGUAAGCAUUCCUGGCACAUAAGCAGGCUGAACUCGCUGCAGUUCAGCCCGCUUACUCGGUGGCAAAUUUUGGCCUGUGAAUGUCCAAAUCCCACUCUCUAUUCCUGGGUAACAGUAACAUUGUGAAACAUUGCCGAACUAAUUGGGGGUCUCUAAAGGGAUGCAGCUGGGAGCCUGUGCUGCCUCUGGAUAUCUCUGGAUACUGCUAUAUUUCCCAGCCACCCUUCCUGGAAACCUCCUAGUCUUAACUUCUAUCCCAGAUGUCUGUUAGAAUGUCAGAAAGCACCUAUUUGGUCAGUGCAAGGAAGCUGUUUCCAUAAAAGCUGCCUCCAGAAGUGACUAUCAAAUCCUCUGUGUCCUUCGAUGGGUGGGGAGGGGUUUGAGAUACCUGCUGGUAGAAGUAGGUAGUUUUGGGGGAGGGGGGGGAAAUGAUAAAGAGGAGUCCUAAACCUUAUCUCCUUAUAAAGAAAUGUUGUAUGUUAUCUGUAUGCUUGUUUUGGGCUCUUACGCUGUACAGUUUAGUUACACUGUGCUCCAGUUACGGGGAACUCUGUCCCCAGGAGGUUUUUAGUUCAUGCUCUGUGUUUAAAGAGGAUUAUUUUUCUUUAAAAAACAAAAGGAAAAAAAAUACCAAAAAAAGUUGA